AUGGAGAUUAACAUACAGAUCAAGAAUGCGCAGCCCGAAGACUUGCUGCAGGCGUUUGCAGCACUGAGUGGAGGAGCAGCAUCCUCAACGACAGCGGCAUCUCCAACUGCAACGUAUAUCUCAGACCAAGGGAGACCGCCAUUGAAAAGAAUUCGCAAAGAAGCCCGCACCACGACGGCUGCCACAAGGAGAUCCCCGAGCUUAUUAUUCAGUCAAGAAGAGCUCCAGGCAUUGCAGGCGGCGAACCCACAGGGAACAACGCAAGACUCCACCGCCGAGGAUACCGAGCAGAGUGCAGUUGGCUCUGGUGCAAAGGCAAAGCGAAAAGCUCAGCCAUUCUCGGCGUUCCGCAAGCACGAGGGACGCACUAUGAGAAGCUCCGCCUACGCCGAGACCUUCAUCUUCGUCGGGAUUGCCCGCGCUACCACCAGUACUACUACAAACAACGGCAGGUACAAGACCCGCCAGACCUCUGCUGGUGAGAAAGAGAACCAUGGACUCCAGAUCCCCAAGACGCAAUCCCUCACGAAGGAGCCCCAGCGAUUCAAGGACCACCAGACCGCGGGCAGUACUAAGAUCCAGAUCGCACACCCCCAAGACAAGAUCCAGAUCCCGCGCUCCCAGUACAACAUCCAGAUCUCGCGCUCCCAGGACAACAUCCAGAUCUCACUCCCCCAGGACAACUCAGCGAUCCAGGGCAUCGGGGUCAAUUGGAAGGACAUUGAGAUUCCGCAGUUUCCCAUACAUGACUCCACCAAGCAGUACGUCGAUGCACUUUGCGCUGCAGCGGAAUUCAGGAUCAACCACGGGGUUCUUUUGGAGCAUGACCUCACGUGGGACAGAGGAGGCGACCCAACUCCAGAGACAAUGAGGAGAUUCUACUUCUUGCAAUCCUCAGAUCUUACUCUGCAAGACCCUCCUCUACCAACUCGGCAAGAAAAGAUCCUGUUUUGGUCGCAUGCAACAGAUGUGGGAGCUUUAUUCAAUAUGUUGAAAGAGCGAAAUAUGCGUCCGAUGAACGCGCAUGGAGUGGCAGCCUUUGGAUGCAACAUCUUCUAUGCGCUUGGCCACGAGAUGUCCGGAUCUGACAUCGACGAACACAACCUGACCAGGGUGCUCUUCAACACCACCCGAAGCGCCAAGAACCUGGCAGGCAUCGUCGUGGGAGGCCGUGCAUGGGGAUCUCUUCGCAAGCAUCUUGGCGGAUCCUAUGAAACAGCUCGGGCAGCCACUGAAGAGGACGAGGUGCUCAAGGAUGCGAAUGCAAAAGCUUAUUGCGUAUCUCGCAACAGAUAUUGCUUUACAUGCAUCGCGUUCGAGCAGCUGAUGACGCCACCUUCAACAGCUAACACCCUCAUCUCCCAGUACCAGAAAGCUGCAGGCAUAACUCCUCAAGGGAACAUCGAAUAUGCCGUGGUGGGCGUCAGGCAGUGGGAGCGCGUCGAGCACACCGACUCCGGCACCUUUGCCAACGCCAACAACCUUACCGUCGUGGCCACCUAUGCCCCCGCCCGACUUGCAGGCAUGGACGUCCGCGAUGUCACCGUUGCACACCUUUGCAGGCAUGGCAUGGAAGAAUUUGGACUCCGAGGACUUUCCCACGGCAAAUUCACCGGCAUGAUUUUGACCCGCAACAUCGCCGAGAGCGUCCUCCUCUCCCAGCUCCAGAAGAAGCUCCGCGAGAACAACAUCGACGUGGACGCCACCAUCGACGACAUCCACCAAAGCAAAGGACAAAAAGCCCCUGACAAGGUCAAAGAGGCUAUCACCUUUGUUACGCCCCUCGUCGACACCAUCAUGGAUGCCAUCAAGCCCUGGGCACAGGUACGCAACUAUGGCGCCAAAAACACCGACGGCGACAACCAAGCAGCUCAGCGUAUGCAGGCCCUAGAGGAGCAGACCGCCAAGUACAAACAACGCCUACGCACUGCAGGCAUCGAGGUCACCCCCCAGAAGUCCCUCCCACUGCAAAAUGAGCCAGCUGAAGGUUCAGAAGCAGCAGCGGCGCCACCAAAGCGCAGACGCCUCACAAAGGGAGCCAUCAAGCAGCGCAACGAGGACAUCCUCGCCGAGCCCCACAACGUGAUCCGUGCCAGUGGACAAGAGCCACCGACAAGCAUGACAUCGAUUGCAACUUGGGUCACCAACCUCAAGAAGAGCCUCCCCCGAGAAAAGCAUGCGGAAGUGGAUAGUCACAUACAGUCCGUGCAGACCAUCCUCGAAGGCGCCAAAUACACCAAGGCAGAGCUACAGGAGAUGGCUACACGAUGGGGACUCCCCAUGUCCCUCACUACAGCGCCAAAGGCUUCGCCCAAGAACCUUCAGCAGUUGAUCGCCGCCGUCACCUACCUCGCCGUGCGACACGUGCAGAAAAUCCUGAGAGGACCUAUAGCACAUCAAGAAAGUGCCAACAUCUUCCAGCAACUACAGCAGAUAGUGGAUUGGGGGCAAUCGCCUGCAGCAGAGCAACUAAAAGAGCGACUUCGAGAAAAAGGUGCGGUUCCAGAACUCUACACGUUCGAGAAAUUCUCCCAGCCCUGUGCAGUGUACGUCAAACUUGCAUUCCCCAGGCUCAACAAGCAAACCUAUGCGACUGCUACCAGAGACGCAUCAUUUUGCUACAUCGGAUCCACCAACAUCACUGUGGCCAAGAGAGAAUACAACAGAGUCGCAAAACUUCGCCAACUACAACAACUCAAACUUCCCAAAACCGAGAUUGCCAUUCGAUAUUGGAACGAUUCCCAGACCUACCAGCACUACAGCACCAUCCUCCUUUCGCAGCACUCGGAGUAUAUUGACGCCUGGGCCGAAGAACAUAGCCUGAUUCAGAGAUGGCAGCCCAAGCUGAACUACCCGUAUGUCACGAAGGAGCUGGUCAAGAAGGCGCAAUUCUGGAAGCUUUUGUAUUCCAUAUCCAGCGACACCAAGCAAGAAUUUGAGGCCUCCAAGGAGCUACGCAGCGGCAAGCAUGACUCAGAAACAGAGGCAACGCAUCCCUCUCUCGAGCGAGCUCUUUGGAAUCACAAGCGGAAAGCCACCGAUAUGGGCAGACACUGGAAGCCUACAGAAUGUCAGUGCGCCCAAUUCAUCAAGCAACAUCCACGAGCACAAGUGCAUGAAGGACAUGUAGUAACGGGCUUGGAAACCCUACAACUACCCAGCACAAGCCAGACUUUUCGCAACAUUGGGGCCGGGAACGCCUUCUACUCCUCCAAGCAGCGCAUCAAGAAGCAGCAUCAAGAACAAUUUCAGCGAUGGCUAAAGCACCACCAAUUUCCUCGAGAUCAACGCAUACUUGACGACUUUGACGACUUCUUCGAGCAGGAGUGGAAGCAGCACAGACUACAGCUUCAACGAGAACCACGUCUCACACACAGAUUAGCAAAGAACAUCUUGGGCAUGAUCCCUGACGAUUACAUUGUGCACAACGAGGACCACGCCAACGCGCACCUCAUGAUCUACUGCCCGAACAUCUACAACCAAGCAGCCUACAACACUUGGAUGGACAAACAAACAUUCAGAAUGUUAGACGCCGACCCUGAAGAGAUCAAGCAAGCCAUGCAGAACAACACCCCCAAGAUCGUCGCCAAGCACUACGCCAAGCUACUUGCCUAUGAAAAGCCCCUUCCGUAUGGAUAUAUCCUCAUGAAACGGAAAAAGCGGUGGGCCAAAGGGAGGACCAUCAUCGCGUAUAGCAAUACGUGCAUCGGCAAACUGCUGAAGAUCGCGGCUCUAGCACUACAACAGAUGUUGAGGAUAACCUGGCCCAACCAUUUUGGUGACGUCAGCUCGCCGCAACUAUGGGGGGAGACACACCAGCUCUUCCACAACAACGAGCACCUGUACCCGGAGCGGCACUUGAAAUUUCUCAACCACGAUCUGGUCGGCUUCUUUAAUUCCAUACCACAAUCCGAUAUCCUACAAAGCAUCCACUUCCUCACAUCUCAGUUCCUUGACGAGCACAACUCUACCAUCACAGUUGAUCCGUACAACAAGAUCGCACCAGCGCACUCUGGCAGAUCAACGCACAGCCUGAAGUCCAACAUGGUCAAGGUGCAGGCAGAACACAUACCCGCCAUCAUCCAGUUCAGCUUCGACGCUUGCGCUUUCACAGCCAUUGGGGAGGUCUUCCAGCAGACAUGUGGCACUUCGAUGGGAAACCAAAUCAGCCCCAUCCUCUCCACGUGCGCAAUCGUGGCCACGGAAAUCACAUGGCUACGAAUGUACGUUGACAACAGAGCCAUCAUAGUCGAUGAAGACGAGCUUCAGCACAACCCGCACAUCCAGCAGCUUGCAUCCUUACACUUCUACAAGAAGCCAGUGCAGCUUGAAGACGAAGCGUGUGACGAUUUUCUGGGAUUUCACAUUCACGCGGACAAUCGAAAAAUCACAUACAAUCUCCACCGAGAGCCUUGGAGAUAUAGGCUCCCCCAGUCAGCCGGAUCCACAAAGCUACGACUCAGCGGGUAUCACAGCAGAAAGCAUCUCAUCCGCACCAUUGCCUACCCGGAAGAGGUAGCCAAGAAGCAACUCCAAGAGCUGGACGACCUUUACGGUGACCUGGGAUAUGCGCGUCUCAUGGAAAACUCAACAGACGCCGCAGAGCUCACCGACAUCGACACUGACUCUGAGAUCGCAGAAUACGCCGUUAGACUACCUCAUGGACUACCGCUGGACAUGAGUGCCCCCAAAGCUCCAACAGCAAAAGAUGAUCCAGUAGAGCAAGAAUGUGAGCUACUCCUCCAACAAAGAUAUAUCCCCUUCGAGCUCUUCCCAAGGCUCUCCACCCAGAUCAACUCCGAAUUCCUUCGAGCUUCAGCACUCACAAAAGCAGGCAGAAGAGAAGCGGCAUACACAGUCGGCGCCUACUACCACGCCGGCAGCAUUGGAGUGCGCACAAACACGAGACAAAGACCGUGGACGGCAGCGUUGCUGGCAUACCUGGUACGAGCAUGCACCCACACUCCAUUCUCGACAGUAUCCUUACUUCGCAAUGUGCACAUGCGAACACACCGCGACAAGUACAACAAGCCAGGAAGCCUCAACAUCGUCAUUCCAGUUUCGACCUUCAGACAAGGACACCUAUGGAUUGAAGACGACGAAGGACCUGAUUUAUCUCCAAAUGGACAACAUCGCGGUCGCAACCUUGAAGUCAAACUGCCCGGAAUCGAGUUCAAUCCAUUCAAGCUCCAUGGCACAUGCCCAUGGAAAUCCGACCGCCUGAUCAUCUCGGCCUACACCACCAACCGCAUCGGGGACAUUUGCAGAGAAGACAAACGAUACCUUCGCAUGCUUGGCUUCAACCUCGCAUAA